ACCGCAAAAGGUAAACCUUAUGCAAUAUUAUAUAAUUCAUUAAAUAUGUUUUCGGGUAACAUUGAUUUGAGACUGUCUCGUUUAGAAAGUUGUCUAGAAUUGUAGUGUAGUGCGAUUAUUUAGUUUUGACACUGGAAUUUCUAUGGAAUUAUAGGAAAUAUAAUAAGAAGAAAGAUCAAAAUUUAUUGUUUCAGCUAUGUUUUCAACCAUCAAAUUGCAAUGGGUUCCUAACCCGUAGCUGACGUAUUUUAUAUUUAUAAGAAAUAGAAAUUGUACAGAUUUAAAAUAUAAGGAAAUUACCUGUGUUUGUUUUUAUCAUAUAUUAUUUAAUAUAGUUCAUGAUUAAGAAAUAAUGUCCUUCGAGUACUUGCCCGUGGCCGAAGAUGAAAAUGAAGAACCCAUAGAACUUCCAAUCGAAGAAGAUGGAACGUUGAUGCUAACAACAGUAUCUGCGCAGUUUCCUGGAUGUUGUGGGCUUAAGUAUCGGCAUCCGGAGACUAAAACAUUUAGAGGUAUCAGAUUAAGAGAUGGCAGAUUGUAUCCUCCUCCAGAAGGUUGGGGCAACUACUUAUACAUCUGUAGCUUUCCGAAGGAAAAUAAACGAAAGUCUGGCGAAAGUUCGGAAACAUCUUCUAUCAAAAGUAAGAGAAACGAUAAUCUUUGUUCUGAUUUAAUAGUUUUAGGCUUGCCAUGGAAAGCUACUGAGCAAACUGUACGUGAGUACUUUGCGAAAUUUGGAGAAGUUUUAAUGGCACAAUUAAAGCGUGAUCCUAAAACAGGCAUGUCGAAAGGUUUUGCUUUCAUACGUUUUUCGUCGUACACAUCGCAAAUGAGAGUAUUGGCUCAGAGACAUAUGAUUGAUGGUCGCUGGUGUGAUGUUCGGAUACCCAAUUCUAAGGAAGGCUCGGUAACAUCAAUGCCUUGUAAAGUUUUUGUGGGUCGCUGCACUGAAGACUUAACAGCAAAUGAUUUGAGAGAGUAUUUCUCUCAAUUUGGUGAAGUGACAGAUGUUUUUAUUCCAAAACCUUUUAGAGCAUUCAGUUUCAUUACAUUUUUGGAUCCUGAAGUCGCACAAAGUCUAUGUGGUCAAGAUCAUAUUAUAAAGGGAGUAUCUGUUAAUGUAUCAAAUGCAUCACCAAAACAAAACAAAAGUGGCUCAAACCAACGAAACUUACCUAGUAGAAAUUAUGAUGAAGCUCAUCCUCAUAAUGCCUCAAACAAUAACUCUUGGAGUAGCCGUAAUAUGGAUAUGGUGAACAUGCAAGCUUUAGGCUUGUCGGGGCAACAUGGCCAAACUGCUGUAGCUGGAGGCGGGGGUCAGGGACAAGGGGGCAGUAUGCCACUUGGCAUGGGUGGUUUACCAGUUAAUCAAGCGCUAGUAGCAGCUGCUUUAAAUCAGGCAGCUGGAUGGGGUUUAAUCAACAAUAUACCAUCUGGAGGCUCGGAACAAGGUGCAUUCGCGGGGCCAGCAUCCUCAGCUCCUCCAGCUCCACCCAACUUUCUGUCAUGGAUGCAACAAGGUAAUUCUGCACAGGGACCUUCUAGUCAGUGGGGACAAAGACAUCAAUCCCAAGGCCACUCAGUUUGAUCCAGUGUCUGAUUUGAUAAGCUCACAAUAAUCUCUGUGAUUGUAGCAAAAAUUAGAUAAUUAUUAUUUGUCAUUAUCUACAAAACAAAUGGGUUGUUCUGUCGGUGAAGAGUGGUUUGAUGUUAUUAAUUUAUUAUGGAAUUGCUUGUGUUUUGUUGUUUUCUUGAAACUAUUACUGUUAAAACUAUAAAUAAUGCGUUGGAUACAUAUAAAGUUGUAGGUAGUAUCUUUGUUUGGAUUAUCUAGUAAUUGUUUGUGUGCUUUUUAAUUUCAAGUGAUUUUUACUUUUAGUGAUCUUUAACCCACUAACAUAAAUCUUAAAUUUUGCAGCAAAGUAAUUUAUUACAAAUAUAUUAUUUGAAUAAAACGAAAGUUGGAUUAAUACCUAAAAUAUUUUCCUAUUGCAUAAAAAUGAAGUGGAUUAUUUAAUUUAUGUGCCUUAUUAUUUUCUUCGAUAAUUGUUAGUUUCUGAGUUUCUACUAUGUCAUUAACUUGCCCAAUCCGUUCAUAAAAUUUAAAUCUUGAAAGUUUUGCUUUUCACAUUAUUUUAUUUUAAAUUGAAAAAGUUAAAAUUAAUUCAAGUUUUAGGUCAUUAUGAUUUUUUUGACCUUCAUUUAAUUAUUCAUUUUUUAAUGUAAACAUUUAUGAGCUCAUUUUGUUCUACAAUUAUAAUUAUAUACAUUGGUAUUGGCAUAUUUUCUUAUCCAACAUUUUAUAUAUCCAAAAAUAAGUUGUACCUAUCAUAGGUUAAGUGUACUGUGCUUUGUACAUUAAUAGAUAUAUGUUUUACAACAGACUGUUGAAAGUUCAUACUUGUAUAGUAAAUGAUAGAGCUCUAUUGAUUGUUAUCAUUGUUUAUCAAAUAAUGUUGAUUAUUAUAAAUUUAUUAUGUGUGUUUCCUCACGAUAUGUGCAAAUUGGGAGUAAAUGUCUAUUUUUGACUAAAUAAAUGGCUAGAUAUUUUUGUGACUAUGCAUUGUGGAAUUGUUCAAAGAAUGGGUACCUAGUUGUAGAUAUAUUGAAUCCACUGGCAUUAUGUAAAAAAGUGUACGUAAUUGUAGAGCAGAUCUAAAUGAUGUUGGUACAAAUUUUAAGACUGUAAAUAAUUUUCCAUAAAUUAUAUAAAUGAGAUAGAUUAUAUCAAGCUAAGCAGUAGUUUAGUGAAUCGAGUACCCUAUAUAAACAAUUUGGUACAAAAAUUAAAAGUAGUGAGUCUUGAAACCAAAUAUUGUAGAGAAUUGUUCUGUAAAGAUAAUAAUUUAAUUAAAAUAUUUUGACAUUAAACACAAUAUGUGUGUAUUGAAACAUUGCAAUAUUAUAAAAUAACUGUUAUAUAUGAAAUUAUACUAUGAAUAGUUGUUUAUAUGCAACAACAAUAAUUGAUUACAAAACAUUAUGAUGGGAAGGUACACUUAAAAAUACAAUAAUUCCCCACUUAUAUAAUUCAAAUUACCUACUGCACUUAAGGUUUUAAAUUUGACUACUAAUUUAGUCAGUGGAUUCUUAGUUAUUAAAAUUGAGUGUUACUUUUCAUUUUGUUUUAGGAGACUAACUUUCUAUGUCUCAACAUACACAUAUGUAUAAAUAAACAUCUACUUCAUCUUGUAAACCACAAAUAUGGGUACCUAUUCAUAUUAUAUAUUAUUCUGGAGUGUUUAAAUAAGCUUGUUUUUAUUUAUAGUUCUUUGAUUGAUUUGUUUUUAUAGGUUUUUUUUUUGUUCUAAUAACUUAUUUGAAAUGGACCAAAUGUGGUUCUUAUUAGUGCCUGUUAUAAAAAUAGAUUUUAAUGUCUGAUAAUUAAUAUCUGGAAAGAAUAUAAUUUUUGUAAUGUAAAAUGUCAAUUUGAUUAUUAGAGUAGAUUAAAAUCAUGAAAUGAUAACUCGAAACAUUGUGUGUAUUGGGUACUAACCAAUAAUUAAAUCAACCAAUCAUUUUACUUUUAUAAGUUCAAUUAAAAAGUGCAAUAAGUAAGUGUCAAGUGCUCUAUGUAUAUAGCUGCCUUUAAAUAUCUAAAGCUACAGUGCUAUCAAAUACAUGUUCUUAUCGAAUGUUUAUCACCCUUCUUCACGUGUGUGCUUAGUCAUGGUUAUAUUAUAUCAUCAUUAUUAUUACAAUCCCAUUGACUUCAAUAGGAUCAAACAAACGCGGUGCUAAAUGUCGAUAACAUAGGUAUAAUCUUUUGUUUCAAAAGGCAUUUGGCAACUUCUUAAGUUUAAACUUUACUAAAUAAAAUUUAGUAAUGUACCUAAAUGGAAUAAAAAAAGAAAGAUAAA